GUCUCUUUCCUUCACGACCAAGCUGAUAAAGAGAAAGCAAUAAAGAGAAAGAAGAAAGAAGGAGAUAAAGCUUCAGUAUCUAACCUUUUUUGUUCUGGAGUUGUAAACUCAGUUCUCAUAGACAUUUACAAUACGUCUUUGACAAUGGCUGGUGGUGUGGAAGCAGCAAGUGGAAGAAGUAAAAGUAAAAAUAACUUACUAAGAAAGCAACUUGCUGUAGCUCUACGAAGUGUUCAAUGGAGCUACGCAAUCUUCUGGUCCUCUUCACUUACUCAACAUGGGGUUUUGGAGUGGGAAGAAGGGUGUUACAACGGGGAUAUAAAGAAGAGGAAGAAGAGUUACGAAGCUGCUCAGUAUAAAUAUGCGUUGCAGAGAAGCAACCAACUUAGGAAACUUUAUCUGUGUAUGCUGGAAGGAGAUAGUAAUACUACUAUUAGUACUACUCAUGAUGUUGAUGAUUAUGGUGAUGAUGAGGAACACAAUUGUAACAGUACAACAAGUAUGAUGUUGUCACCAGAUGAUCUCUCAGAUGAAGAGUGGUACUAUAUAGUCUCCAUGUCCUAUGUCUUCUCUCCUUCUCAAUGUUUGCCAGGAAGAGCUUUGGUGACGGGUGAGACCAUAUGGCUUUGCAACGCUCAGUACGCAGAUAACAAACUCUUCUCUCGCUCUUUGUUAGCAAGAAGCGCAUCAAUUCAGACUGUUGUAUGUUUCCCUUACUUGGGCGGUGUGAUUGAGCUGGGCGUCACAGAACUGAUUUCAGAAGACCAUAGUCUGCUUCAACACAUCAAGUCUUGCUUGUUGGAGACUUCAAAACCUGAUUGCGCUUCAUACACCUUCUCUGCUCGCCGAGACAGCGAUGAUGAGAAGUAUCAAACUAAAAUCAAGACCAGUGAUGGAAACUCAAACUCAGUGCUCCAAGGGAACCAUCAGAUUCAGUCUGAUGAAGACGUGCAUUACAAAAGAACUGUCUCAACACUACUCAAAUACGCUGCUGAUAAGGAUAUUCCUCAUCUCCAACCGGAUCUUGUUUCUACUAAUAUUGAGUCAAGUUUCUUGCGUUGGAAGCAACGUGAGCAACCGAACUCAAUUCUGUUUCAGGAACAUAGCAAUUUGCAGACCUUGUCACAGAACGUGCUGAGGAAGAUAUUGCAAGACGUACCUUUGAUGCACUCUUUAGACACAAAGAGAACUCUCCCAAGUAAGACGUUUGGUCUGAAUCAAGAUGAUCCUUGGGAUACAAGAAAAGAGAACGAAAAGUUCAGUGUCCUUAAAGCUAUGGUUCCCACUGUCAACCAGGUUGAUAAAGAAGAAAUACUGAACAACACAAUCAAGUACUUGCAAGAACUAGAGGGAAGAGUAGAAGAGCUAGAAUCUUGUAUGGGCUCGGUUAACUUCGCAGAGAGACAGAGAAAGAGCGUUAACGACUCUGUGUUAAUCGAGGAGACAUCAGGGAACUAUGAUGAGAGCACGAAGAUCGAUGGAAACUCAGGAGAAACGGAACAAGUCACUAUAGUGAGAGAUGAGACACAUUUGAGAGUUAAACUGAAAGAAACAGAAGUUGUGAUGGAAGUAAGAUGUUCUUACAGAGACUACAUAGUUGCGGACAUCAUGGAAACUCUGAGCAAACUUCACAUGGAUGCUUUCUCUGUUAGAUCUUACACACUUAAUGGGUUUCUCACACUUAAUCUCAAGGCAAAGUUUCGUGGGGCUGCAGUUGCGUCGGUAGGGAUGAUUAAGAGAGAGCUGAGGAGAGUCAUUGGUGAGAUUAUAUGAAAAUCCCUUUAGGGAUCUUUUAAUGAUUUUGGUAAAAGUAAUAUUGUAUUUCCUAAACUUUUGAUGAAAUGUUAUAUUGUUUUUUUUUUUGGACUUUGGUGAAUUAGUUACAUCGAGUUUUGCGAGUUUGUAUUUAUGUAAUCUUUGCCAAGACUGGUUGCAUGGAAUUUUAGACAUUGUCAUCUUCUCUCCUAUAUAUUGUUCUUGAUUGGUUAUA